AAUAAUAAUAAUAACGACAAUACUAUAGAAAAAUUGAGAAAUAUGUUCGUCAAGAGAUGCGAUGACAGCCUAUCUGAAGACAUGUCUAAACAAUACGAUAAAUGCGAUUCAGAUGUCAGCGAUUCACUCAAAGAAACGGUCAAAAACUGUGCUAAAGAUCUUUGUAAAGACAAGUCAAGCAAAAUGGAUGUCUGYUGUUAUACUGUUAAACCCAAUCAAAUGUUUGCCUGUUUUGAGAAAAAUAUUCAUCAAAAUGAGGUAAAAGAGGCCAACAAAAAGGGUGAAACCAUCGAUGAAUUUCAUCGCAAGAAUGUUCACAAUGCGGCAAAAAUUAUGGAGUGUUAUGAAGAAAUAGAUGAUGACGACGAUGACGACGACUAAGUUAUGAGACA